CUCUAUUGCUUCAGUAUUCUCGAUUCUAAUUCUCUGGGUUUCUCAACCAGAUCCGCCAUGGAAGAUCAACAUCCAGAAAUUUGCAGCGAUGGUGUCUCGCCGUGCGAAUCGAAGGAGUAUUCUGCUGAAGAUCACGAUCCCGACGCUGUGGAAGAAAGCGAGGACUCUGUUACAAGUGGAAGCCAACAAGUUUCUCCUAACGGUGGACCAACGCUUCCAAUUCUCCAGAAAAUUAUUGAUUUGAGCAGCAAAAUCAAGGUCUUGAAGGAUGAGCAUGCGUUGGUGUCCAACCAAGUGAAAGAAAUCAAGAAUUGCUCCUUUGUAGAACCGGAAAUGUCAAAAGCUCUCCAGCUUCUGACUACUGAGCUUGGAACUCUGAAAAAGCACUACUUGGAAGAGUCAUCAGAGAGGAAGCGAUUGUACAAUGAAAAUAUCGAACUCAAGGGGAAUAUCAGGGUCUUUUGCAGAUGCAGGCCUCUAAACCAAGCUGACAUAGCGAAUGGCUGUGCUUCUGUUGUUGAGUUUGAUGCCUCCCAUGAAAACGAGCUUCAACUGCUUUCAUCCGAUUCCUCCAAGAAGCGUUUUACGUUUGACCAUGUAUUCAAGCCUGAGGAUGGGCAAGAGACUGUUUUUGCACAGACAAAACCUAUAGUUACUUCUGUGCUUGAUGGUUACAAUGUCUGCAUUUUUGCCUAUGGCCAAACUGGAACCGGGAAGACAUUUACCAUGGCGGGAACACCAGAGAACAGAGGAGUGAACUACAGGACAUUAGAAGAACUCUUUCGCUCUUCAGAAAGUAGAAGCCGUCUCAUGAAAUUUGAGCUAUCUGUUAGCAUGCUGGAGGUUUACAAUGAGAAGAUAAGGGACCUCUUAGUUGAUAACUCAAGCCAUCCUCCUAAAAAGUUGGAAGUUAAGCAAUCAGCAGAAGGAACUCAAGAAGUCCCUGGAUUAGUCGAAGCACAAGUUUUCAACACAGACGAAGUGUGGGAACUCCUCAAGAGAGGCUACUGCGUUAGAUCUGUGGGAUCAACAGCUGUAAACGAGCAAAGCAGCCGCUCUCAUUGCUUGUUGCGAGUGACAGUGAAGGGAGAGAAUUUAAUCAAUGGCCAGAAAACGAGAAGCCAUCUUUGGCUGGUGGACUUGGCUGGAAGUGAGCGAGUAGGGAAGGUAGAAGUUGAAGGAGAAAGGCUGAAAGAAUCUCAGUUUAUCAAUAAGUCGCUUUCGGCACUCGGUGAUGUUAUCUCCGCCCUUGCAUCCAAAACAAGCCACAUUCCUUACAGAAACUCAAAGCUCACUCAUAUGCUACAAAACUCUUUGGGUGGAGAUUGCAAGACGUUGAUGUUUGUUCAGAUUAGUCCUAGCUCUGCUGAUCAAGGAGAGACGCUUUGCUCCUUAAACUUUGCAAGCAGAGUUCGCGGAAUCGAAAGUGGACCUGCCCGGAAACAAGCGGAUGUAUCUGAACUCCUCAAGCUAAAACAAAUGACAGAGAAGCUGAAACAUGAGGAGAAGGAAACCAAGAAGCUGCAGGACAAUGUGCAGUCACUACAGCUACGCCUCACUGCUAGAGAACAUAUAUGCAAAGGACUUCAAGAUAAGGUUCGUGAUCUGGAAUUUCAACUAGCGGAAGAAAGGAAAACCAGAAUCAAGCAGGAGACACGAGCUCUAGCGACUGCAUCAUCAUCAUCAACAACAGCAUCUAGACAACUACCGACAAUCACAGAGAAAAAGCCACCUUUGGCUCCCCCAAGAUCAAUGAGAAUGCCACUCAGAAGAAUCACAAACUUCAUGCCGCAGCAACCAUCUCAGGGUCCUCCUGCCAAGAGAUUCUCAGACGCAACAAGCAAAGAGAAUAAUAAUAAUAAUAACAGACUCAGAAGAUCAUCAUCCAUGGACAUAAAUACACUAAUGAAACCAAGAAGAAGCUCCAUCGCGUUCAGACCAGCCCCUCCUCCGUCAUCUAUUGCAUCAGGUAAUAAUAAAACACUCCAGCCGAGGAGGAGAGUCUCUAUUGCAACGUUGAGACCAGAACCAUCGUCAUCUUCUUACAUGAACAUGACUACUCCAUCACGUCCUGCGUUCCGUGGUGGUGGUGGUGGCCCGAGAAGGGGGAGAUACUCCAAGCUCUUCUCUCCAGACCACAAUCUGGUCACUCCAAAUGCAAUGAAAGGUAGCAGAUUCAAGAAGAGCCCUCUUGGAGGAGGAGAAGGGAGCUCGUGGAAGCCGAGACAUCCCACGGUGGUUGCAUUGCAGAAGAAGGCUGUGGUGUGGAGUCCGCUUAAGUUCAAGAACAGAAGACCAUCGUUUAUAGCUAUGCGAGCUUCUUCCUCUUCUUCUUCUACUACUACCGAUUUGGUCAGGAGGGAACAGUAGUGAUCUUUUUAUUCACAGUCUUUGUGAAAGUGUGUGUUUUACAUUAAAUAGGAUUUCUGUUAUUUUUUUGUAUUAUUCUUCAAUUGAUUUGUUUAACUACAACUCUAUUGAGAGAUCUUGUGCUAUGGCUUUGAUAUAUGGGAUGCAAUUCAAACC